AUGUCUCACUCUUUGGUAAUCUUCAGUACUUCUGGAAAAAUUAAUUACCAGUUCAAUAACAAAGUACAUCCAUUCAAUGAACUUAUUUCGAGCAUUGUCAAUGAGACAUAUCAUGAAAUAGAAAGCGGAUUUUUCACCAUUUCCACUGUCCAAAAACGAUUCUAUUGUGCCAAGAAGAACAAAAACUAUGUUGCUUUAUACUUUGACGCUGUGACUACCCUUGACAGAGAAAAAAUCAAAUCUACAUUGAAUAGUAUCUGGAAAACUUAUCACAAGAUUGCAGAAGAAGAGAUAUUGGAUGAUAAGGCUACUAGGGAAAAAUUACAGAAAUUGAUUGAUUACCAAGUUUCCCAAUUGAUGAAGUUCAAACAAUCCACAGUUUCUGAAUCUGUUGUAGAACAAACGACUACUAAGUCAAAGAAUAAUUCCACAUCCUCCUCAACCACUAAUAAUAAUAAUACUAAUACUAAUAAGAAACAACAAUCGUCAUCUGCCGUUAAGGGCAAGAAAAUGAGAAAGUGGAUAGAUGGACAACUUGUGGAAGAAGAAGCGCCAGCUGGAGACUCUACUGCCCUUGAUUUCUCCAGUUCAAAGGUAGGUGACACUGGAUCAAGCAGGGAACAAUUACAAGUGGAUAAGGCUGCCUUUACCAAGGAGAAUGACUUGUAUAUAGUCAACGAAUUGAACGACAUUCUUGGCGGCGAUGAUGACGAUGAAGAUGAGCAAGAUUCAGAAUCAAAUGGUAACUCCGGUGGGUUUUUCGGUAAACUUUCAUCAUACUUUGGAUCCAAUACUAAUAUCGAAUCUCUUUCUAAAGAUUUCUGCGAUCAUCUUAUUUCCAAGAAUAUUUCACCACCAACUGCUAAAAAAAUUACUGAUAAGAUUAAGAGUGAAUUCACUUCUAGUAAGGCCAAAAUCACCACUGCUUCCUAUAAACAAACAUUGAUUAAUGAACUCACCAAGAUCUUGACCCCAAACGUAUCGACUGAUCUUCUUCAUGAAAUCAAGGCCAAUUCAUCGACAUCUGCUAGACCGUAUGUCAUUUCCGUUGUUGGGGUUAAUGGGGUUGGUAAGUCCACGAAUUUGGCCAAGCUUGCAUACUGGCUCUUGCAAAAUAACCUAAAUGUCUUGAUUUGUGCUUGUGAUACCUUUAGAUCUGGUGCUGUGGAACAACUUAAAGUCCACGUCAAUAACUUGCAACGUUUGAAUUCUUCUUCAUCCUCUUCAAACUCCAAAAUCGAUCUUUUUGAAAAGGGUUAUGGUGGUGGAGACCAUGUUGUUGCCACUGCUAAGCUGGCCAUUCAAUAUGCUGCUGAAGAACUGUAUGAUAUUGUUUUGAUUGAUACCGCAGGUAGAACUCAUUCUAAUGCGAAAUUGAUGGCUCCAUUGAAGAAAUUCGGUGAAGCUGCCAAUCCUAACAAGAUUAUCAUGGUUGGUGAAGCUCUUGUUGGUACUGAUUCCGUGGAACAAGCUACCAAUUUCAACAAUGCGUUUGGGAAUAAACGUAGUUUGGAUUUUUUCAUUAUUUCCAAAGUUGAUACUGUUGGAGACUUGGUUGGUGCCAUGAUUAAUAUGGUUAUGGCAACGAGAGUUCCUAUUUUAUUUGUGGGUACUGGACAGACCUAUACGGAUAUCAAGAGAUUGAGUGUGAAGAGAGUUGUUGAGAUGUUGAUGUCAUAG